CAGCCAGCCAGCCAGCCAGCCAAGCCCUCCGUUUCCUUUUCCUUUUCUUGCUGACUCGUUAUCCAACUGCCAGUUGCGCAGAGACAUUCGUUUACCAGAAAACGAAAGCACUUAUGAAGGCGACCGCACAAGAUGCCUCCCGAAGUGGCCGCGCUCUUUGGCUCCUGCCUGCUGCUCUUCCUCCCGAGUGGCAGGGCAGAUUUGAAAGUCACUGUGUUUCCGUCUGUAAUCCAAGGCAAACCAGGCUCUGACGUAGAGUUGCCUUGUUCUAUAUUGGACACGUUGAGGCCCAUAGAUUUAAAGCAGCUGGCUGUGAUCUGGAAGAUUGGCUCAAAAGUCAUUGCAAAGUAUGAAGAUUCAUUUGAGGCCAGAAGGCCAGGGGCUACAAUGACAAUUGAGAAUCUGCAGAAGGGAAAUGCCACCCUCUUGCUACCAGGUGUGCAAGAUUCGGAUACAGGUCUUUAUAUGUGUGAAGUUAUCCAUGAAACUAACCAGGCAGAAGGAAAUGUGGAACUGAGAAUUGAAGCUGCCCCAAGGCUAACACAUGGCCCCACCAAUUUACUGUUGGGUGUGCCAAGCAGUGUGAGGUGUAUGGCCUCAGGUUUUUAUCCUGGUGAAAUCUUUGUGACAUGGCUGAAAGAUGACAAGACAGUGAAAGGUCGAGAGCAGGCUACUGCUUAUCUCCAUCCUGAUGGACUGUUCAGUGCAGAGAGUACACUGGAGCUUACACCACAAAUUGCUGAUGACAAUUCCACCAUUCUUUGCAAGAUUGAUCACAAAGCAAUCCAACAGUCUCUUAUAGAGAAAAUGCAGUUGCAGGUACAAGCUAAACCAACUAUUGAGGUGGUCACUUUGCCACCAGAGGAGAAGAAUUUCUGUGCAGCCAAAUGCCUAGUGAGCAGGUUUUACCCGGAGACAAUUCACAUAGACUGGCUGCAAAAUGGGAUGCAGAAGGAGACACUCAAGUCCCAGCCACAGAGCAUGCCAGAUGGGACGUUCUCUAUUAAGGUUCUUGUCCUACAGAAGACGGGUGAGAAAAGCGUCUUUACCUGCCAGGUACAGCAUGAAUCUUUGGAUGAACCACUGAGAAAGGAAGUCCUCUGGCUGCCAAAAGGUGAGGGGGACAGUGUUACUCACCACACAACCGUGUCUUCCCAAAGUCCAGGGAAGGAACAGACAGCCCAAUCAUCCUGCCCCACUGCUGUCUCUCUGUGUCCAACAGAUACACCUGCUUCAGAGACUUCUGCAUCAGUUCUUCCUUGGAUAUUAGCAAUUAUUGGACUCCUCGUGGGGCUUGCUGUAGGAGCUUUAGCAACAAUAGUCUACUAUAAAAAGAAAGCCAAACACACAACAUUUCCAGGAGGAGAAAGAAAAAUUCUUCUUGCAAAAGCUCGGGAUAGUGAGCAGGGCACUUCAAAGGGCAAGGUAGAAAAGACUGGUGUUGGGCUACACCACACAAAGGACCACCCUGAGCAGGAUGACAAAGACGGUCAGAAUAUGUCAGAAGUCAAGACAGAAGAAGCACCUCAUGAUUCAGUGCUCUAGGAGCAAACAAAGAAGAAUUGGGACUGGGACAGAGAAAGGUCCUGAAAUCUCAAAACCUGGGAUGGUCCUGCCUUGGCAGCUUUAAACUUAUGAGGGUUGAAUGAAAAGUAAUGCCUCCACCUUUGUAACUUCUCAGCAGGCACUGACUUGUUCAGUAGACUCUCCUCUACAGUUCCGUUUUGGUGAGAAGCCUUAGCAUUGAACGGUUGUGUUGUUAAAGUGCGAAGUCUGGAACCCUGCGCAGACGGUUGAUCAAUGCGACUUAAGUAACGUGCAGUCAUUGAAUUCUUGACAGUAGAAAGUGUCUCCCCAAAGGAGAUUCAUCAGAGAAUGCAAGCUGUUUAUGGUGAUUGUGUUGAUGUGAGUAGUGUGCGUCAUUGGGCGAGUAAGUUUAAAGAAGUUGAGCUGGAAAGAUCUGACUUGCUUGACAAACAAAGAGUUGGACAUCCUGUGACAGCAACCACCGAGUUUCACAAGCAAAAGGUUGACAGAUUGAUUCAGGAUGAUCGUUGUAUCACUCAGAGAGAAAUUUCAAGCAUAAUUGGCAUUUCACAAGAAUGUGUAGAUCACAUUAUUGCUUUGCUUGGCUAUCAGAAGAUCUGUGCACGGUGGGUUGUGGAAACAGAGUGUCGACUUCUUCCGUGACGGCUUCAGAAAACUUGUGCAUUGUUGGUAGAAAUGUAUCCAAUUGUCUGGUGAUUAGGUCAAAAAGUGAAUAGUGGUAGUUAAAGAGCACAUUCUAAGGAUUAUUUCUGCGUUUGAUUUAUUAAAAUAUUCCCAUCCAAACCCAAGUAACGAAGGUGGAGGCAUUACUUUUCAUUCAACCCUCAUAAAGAAAUACCAUAUACUCAAGUAUGGGAGCUACUGGAAGAGAGGAUUAAACUAAAAGAAAAUCCACAGUAUUAAUUAGAAGAAUAAAAGAAAAAUAAAAGAAAAUGCUGAGCACAGGGGGGAGAGGGGUCUUUCAGUUAGGCUUUUGAAGAACCAUGACAGCUCUUGGGGUAGGGUAUGGGGAAGGGGGGCUCAUAAGUGGGGAGGAGGGAUGGAAAGAGGGGAGGGAGGGGGAUAUAAAGAUAUUAAGGGUAAUGGGACUAAGGGAGUGGGGGAUGGAAAGCACUGUAUAAAGCUCACAAAUUAACAAUAGGUCUAAGUCAAGAGCGAAUUUUGGGACCAAAAAGGUAUGGAUUUUGGUAUGAUCCACGGAUACAACAAGAGUUAUUAUGCAGAAAGGAGAAAUGGCCACUGCCACGUAGCAUUGCAGUGGGGUUUUUGUGUGUGUGUGUCAGGAGUGACUUGAGAAACUGCAGUUUGCUUGUGGUGUGAGAGAAUUGGCUGUCUGCAAGGACGUUGCCUAGGGGACACUCGGAUGUUUUGAUGUUUUACCAUCUUUGUGGGAGGCUUCUCUCAUAUCUCUGCAUGGGGAGCUGGAGCUGACAGAGGGAGCUCAUCUGUGCUCUCCCCGGAUUCGAACCUCCAACCUGUCGGUUUCAGUCCUGCUGGCACAAGGGUUUUAACUAUUUUCAUUGCAGUUUUUUUUUGUAGUGUCAGGAGUGACUUGAGAAACAAAGUUGCUUCUGGUAUGAGUAGUAGAGGGGUUUGAUCCUUUUUUUCAGGUUCUCCAAGGAUGAACUAAGCUCUUGCCUUUCACAUCUCUACUCAAAGAAUAGGAUAGUAUCUAUCUUUUAGAAGAGUUAAGCUCCACUAUUUACACUGAUCCAUGGAUAAGCCUAUAUUUGGGGUGUCAUUUUUUAAACUAAAAUUUCUAGACUUUUAUGGCAAUAUAUACCAACUGCCAUGUUGUAAGUCUUGUAUGAAACUAUCUGCUAAAUAAUUUUUUUGUAUUUCUAUCUCCCCCUUGUGUUGCUUGGUAGCAAAUACAGUGGGUUCUCUGUUCCCUGGAUUCUGCAUCCAUCUGCUGUAAGCAGAUGAAUAAAUAGUAUAAGACCAUCCUGUUCUCUUCUUGUCCUUUAAAAAGAGCCAUUACUGUGAACUACAACAGGGCACUUUCUUUUGAAAAUUGCUGGUGUUGCUGGCUUUUUUUAAAAAAUCAACAUGACAUUUACUGAUUAGGAUUGGAGGUUGUUUAAAGCAUAAGUGCAGUCAGUCCUCUGUAUCCACAGGUUCUGCAUUCACGGACUCAACCACCCAAUGCUUGAAAUACCUCCCCAUUCUAAAAUGUAAUCCUUGACUUUGCAGUUUUCAUAUAAGGAAUGCCAUUUUACUAUUCUAUUGCAUAUAAUGGGACAAGAAUGGAUUAGGACAGGGGUCCUCAAACUUUUUAAACAGAGGGGCAGGUCACAGCCCCUCAAACUGUUGGAGGGUCGGAUUAUAAUUUGAAAAAAAAAAUGAAUGAAUUCCUAUGCACAUUGCACAUAUCUUAUUUGUAGUGCAAAAAAAAAACACUUAAAAACAAUACAAUAAUUAAAAUGAAGAACAAUUUUUACAAAUAUAAAUUUAUUAGUAUUUCAAUGGGAAGUGUGGGCCUGCUUUUGGCUGACGAGAUAGGAUUGUUGUUGUUGUUGUUGUUGUGUGCUUUCAGAUCAUUUCUGAGUUAGGUUGACCCUGAGCAGGGCUGCAUAAAUGACCUUGGAGGGCUGUAUUCGGAUUAGGAUAUCAAUUGGAGUAUCCUGGAAUCAUAAACAUAACUUGUCCAUUUCUGCAAUAUGUCUGUAUACUUGUAACCCACCAAAAGCCCUUCACGUACUCAAAGAUGAUGAGUGUGAGGGCUGUAAGCAGGAGGUGUCCCCCAAAACAACUGGUGGGACUGAAAAAUCCUUCUCCUCCUUUCUUCUGUGACUCACAAAACAUCUAUUUAGGAGCACACCUCUUAUCUGCUCUUUAUCAGCCCAUCAAACUCUGCGAGUGCAGCAUUUUUCCAAAUGAAGUACAGAGUGUUUGAAGACCGGGACAUCCAUAGGGAUUCCAAGGUGUUUGUUUAUAAAGCUAUUGUCCUCCCAACCCUUCUAUAUGCCUGUGAGACAAUCUACAGAUGUCACAUACAACUCCUAGAACGAUUCCAUCAGUGUUGCCUCUGAAAAAUCCUAAAAAUCCUAAAUGUCAGCGUGCUGAAAGAAGCAAAGACCACCAGCAUUGAAGCAAUGGUCCUCCGCCAUCAACUCCGCUGGACUGGCCACGUUGUCCAGAUGCCCGACCACCAUCUCCCAAAGCAGUUGCUCUACUCCGAACACAAGAACGAAAAAUGGAAUGUUGGUGGGCAGGAAAAGAGAUUUAAAGACAGGCUCAAAGCCAACCUUAAAAACUCUGGCAUAGACACUGAGAACUGGGAAGCCCUGGCCCUUGAGAGCUCCAGCUGGAGGUCAGCUGUGACCAGCAAUGCUGUAGAACUUGAAGAGGCAUGAAUGGAGGAUGAAAGAGAGAAAUGUGCCAAGAGGAAGGCAUGUCAAGCCAACAU